CCUCCCAGGUGGUCCUCCAGGUGGAUCUCACAGGCCCCUCCCAGGUGGUCCUCCAGGUGGAUCUCACAGGCCCCUCCCAGGUGGCCCCUCCCAGGUGGCCCCUCCCAGGUGGUCCUCCAGGUGAAUCUCACCAACCACUCCCAGGUGGAUCUCACCUGCUCCCAGGUGGGCCGGGCUGGGAUGUAGGUUCAGGCCUGUGGACCCAAGGCCCCAGACGCAGGGGAGGCCACGCGCCACGCACAGGGGACCCGGACCCUCAGGGCUGAGGUGGCUGGGGGCCAGCCUCCCAGCGAUCCCACCUCGCUGCCCAGAGAAGGGGGGCCGCCUCCUCCCCAGGAAGCAAUGGUGCUCCCUGGAGGGGGGACCCGCUUCUGCCCCCACCGCGCCCUGCCUCCCUCCUGCGGCGGACCGCGGCUCUUCCACCCGAUCCUGAAAGUCAGCCCAAGAAUAGGAAGGGGCAGGGAAGGUACACGCGGGGCCAGGUGGAGGGCACCCCAGGAGGAAGGGAAGGCCAGUGGCUGACCUGGGAUCUCCGAGGUUCAGAGGUCGCCGAGCCGGCCCCUGCCCCCACCCCUUCUCUUCCCGCAGCCUGCUAUGGGGGCGGCGUCCCUGCUGCUGUGCGUGUCCGUGGCCCUCCCACUGCUUCUGGGCGCAGAUGAAUGCCAGGACAUUCGUGUGCUAACUGAGGCAUCUUCAGCAAAGCAGCCUUUUGCCUUUAGUUGCACAUCCCCUCUGCUCACUUCUGGGAAAGCACGGGUAACCUGGUACAGACACCCUAGCAAAGUCCCAGUCUCCACCGACUGGCAGGCUAGGAUCCACCAGGAGCAGAGCUGGCUCGUGUUCCUGCCCGUGGCCUGGGGGGACUCGGGGACCUACCGGUGUGUUAUAAAUGAUACAGACGGGUGUCGCCAAGUACAUGUAAACCUAACUGUGUUCAAAAAAUAUGGGUGUGGCAUGUCCAGAAACAGUCAAAUGAAUUUCCCAGAUGGGCACGAACAAAUACUGCAUGUUGGGAAAGACGACAGCCUGACAUGUCACCUGAAUUUCCCGAAGAGUUGUAUCUUGGAUCCAGUAAAGUGGUAUAAGGACUGUAAAGAGAUUAAAGGAGAGCGGUUCAUUUAUUGGGAAAAAAAGCUGUUAGUGAACAAUGUUUCGGAGGAAGACAGAGGGAGCUAUGCCUGCAAAGCCAGCCUGACACAUGCAGGGAGGCAGUUCACUGUGUCCCGGAGAAUUGCCGUGAAUGUCACAGAAAAUGUUGGACAUGAAGGAAGAAUCCCUAACAUAACGUAUCCAACAAACAAUACAAUUGAAGCACAACUUGGCUCCACCCUUACUGUGAACUGCACCAUCAUAGACUCGAGGGACAACACCAACCUGCGCAGCUGGAGGGUCGGCAGCACUUGGGUGGACGUGUACUACCAAGAGUCCAAGCGGGUCCAAGAAGGAAACGAAACCCACGUUGCUUUUAAGGAACAUGCUGUUUACACAGUUGGCAUAACCUUUUUAGAAGUGAAAAUGGAAGAUUACGGCCGUCCCUUCACAUGCCAUGCUGGUGUGUCUGCAGCAUACUUCAUGCUAAAGCCCCCAGCGCCAGACGGGCGAGCGUACCUGAUCGGUGGGCUGCUGGCCAUCACGGGCGCGGCUGCGCUCCUCCUGUGCGUGUCCAGCAGGUUUAGGAUCGACAUUGUGCUUUGGUAUCGAAGUGCCUUCCACUCUGCGGGGACCAUAGCAGACGGGAAGCUGUAUGAUGCGUAUGUCUUGUACCCCAAGCCUCUCCGAGACUGCCGGAGCUCUGAUGUGGACACGCUGGUUCUGAGGGCUCUGCCCGAGGUGCUGGAGAGGCAGUGUGGAUAUAAGCUAUUUAUAUUUGGCAGGGAUGAGUUUCCUGGACAAGCUGUGGCCAAUGUCAUCGAUGAGAACAUUAAGCUGUGCAGGCGACUGAUCAUCAUCUUAGUUCCUGAACCGCUGGGCUUUGACCUAUUAAAGAACAUGUCAGAAGAACAAAUUGCAAUCUACAACGCUCUCAUCCAGGAUGGGAUGAAGGUCAUUCUGAUUGAGGUGGAGAAAGUCGAGAGCUAUGCAUCCAUGCCAGAGUCGAUCCAGUAUCUCAGACAGAAGCACGGGUCCGUCCAGUGGAGCAGGGACUUCACAGCGCAGUCACCGUGUGCAAAGGCCAGGUUCUGGAAAAAAGUGAGAUACCUCAUGCCACCCAAAAGGUUUCCGCCACCUUCUCCGGCCAGCUGCUGAAGCUCAUGCCCUGUGACCUCACAGCUGGCAACAGCUGGCAAGCGGGAGGCCACCUGGAGGUCUUUACCCCAUGAUGGAGAGUUUGCCCUCAGAAGUGGCUCACAGUUGGACAAGGUGCACUGCAUUCAGGCCACCUGCUUGGAGUCUGUGAGAGAGAGACUGCGUUUAUUUUUGUGUUUUGUUUUUGUUUUAAGAAUAUGUUUUUAUUGACUUCAGAGAGGAAGGGAGAA